AUGACAGUGCCGCCAAUCAAGUCAAUAGCCAUAAUUGGUGCUGGUGCUUCAGGAGCGGCUGCCGCUGCAGCAUUUGCAGCAGAGGCAAGUUUUGACCGGAUUCGAGUCUUCGAGAGGCGGGAGACACCGGGCGGGACAUGGAUAUACGAUCCUGGUCCCAAAGAGCUCGCAUUCGUACCAGGGGCGUCGCCUCCGGAUAUUGACCCUCCUUUGACAAUUCCGGAUACUCUACCCAAGACGACCGCGCCGAGCUCGCAAGAACGGUUCGACCGGACGCCGAUUUACGACGACUUGACAACCAAUGUCCCAGCAAUUGCUAUGUGUCUCUCUGACAUACCGUUUCCCUAUGGACCCUUUACGCCGCACUGGGUACCACAACAGUACAUUUCGAAUUACUUCUCUUCGCACAGGACAGACUCAUUACUGUCAUUGAGCACCACGGUGGAGGAUUUGUCAAGAAUCCCUGCAGAGAAGCACUCUGGUAGGGACAGCUGGAAACUCGUCCUUAGACGCCAUGAUGCUGCAAGGAAUGUCGAUGUCUGGUGGGAAGAGAGAUUCGAUGCGGUGAUCCUGGCUAAUGGCCACUAUUCGGUUCCAAUCGUGCCUCACGUAACCGGUCUGGACGACUACCGCAAACUGUUUCCUGGCAGAGUAUCACACUCCAAAACUUACCGAAAUCCGGAGCCGUAUCGUAACAAGAAAGUCGUGGUAAUCGGGAAUUCAGCGUCAGGCCACGACAUCACGGCAGCCCUCGUAGGAGUUGCUCAAGCACCUAUAUAUCAGUCCCGGCGAAGUCGUUCGCGCUGGGAUGGUCCGACGCCUCCCGAAGGCGUUGAAUGGAAACCUGUCAUCAAGGAGUUCCGGCCGAAUGGCGAUGUCGUGUUCGGCGAUGGCUCCAAGUUAUCGUCAAUAGACGCUGUCAUCUAUUGCACCGGCUACCGGCCUUCCUUUCCAUUCUGGAAUGCUAAAGCCAACGGUGGCCCCAUUUACGAUUAUGUCAAAGACGGUCUGAUCGGGACUUACCAGCACACCUUCUUCCAGAAAUAUCCGAAUCUGGGCAUCGUCGGAAUGCCACGCGUAUUGACAUUUAGGUCUUUCGACUACCAAGCUAUUGCACUUGCUCGAUUCUUUGCAGGAAGAAAUGCUCUUCCACUCCCGCCACGAGAAGCACAGCAGCGCUGGGAGAAAGAGCGGUGGAAACUGGUCAAGCGUGAACGACGAAAAUUCCACGACAUACCUUGGGAUGACGGAGAGACUAUGGAUUGGUUGCGGCUGCUCUUCGAGACGGCUGGUUUGCCAUUGCUUGAAGGGCAGGGCAAAUGCCCGCCGGUUCUCGGAUACGAAACCCGAUGGGCAAUCGAGCACAUCAAGAAAUAUCCCGAUUAUGGAGAUGGUGAUGGAAACAAUCUUCGAAGGACUGAAGAUGAUGGCGAUGAGUCGUGGACGUUUUUGAACCAUGGCGACGUGAAAGAUAGUCUGCAUUUCAUCUAG